AUGCUAAACGAAGUCCUCGAAGAUGGAACAGCGAAUUUUGAGGAUGAAGAGGAGACAGAAGAAGAGAUCCACCAAGAGCUCAUCGAAUACGCCAACUUAGAGAUCGAUAAACAGCUGCCGCUGCAGGAGACCAUCCGCAGGUCGCCUGUCAGGGAGGUUCCCCAACUGGGGCAUCUGCAGCUGCAGGAACAGCAGCAGCAGCAGCAGCAGCAGCAGAAGCGGCAGCAGCAGCAGCGGCAGCAGCAUCAGGCCGGAAGGAAGCCGAAGCAAAUGCUGCUACAGAAGAUCUCUACCAACCGAUAA